GCAAAGCCCUGGGAGUCUCAGAAGAGCCUCCAGCAGCAAUAGCGAGGGAAGCGCCGCUUUCAGCCUUGCCACAAUGGUAAACUAUCCGUCCCGUUUGCUUUCCCUUGCAAUCACCCUUUGCGUCCUGCUGGAAGAAGGUCUGGGCCAUCCUCUGGCGGAGUCGCACCUGGCAGCCGCCAACGGCAGGCACCUGAGGACAAAAAGGUGCUCCUGCAGUAACUGGAUGGACAAGGAGUGCAUUUACUUCUGCCAUCUUGACAUUAUCUGGAUCAAUACGCCUGGGCAUUCCGCUCCCUACGGCCUAGGCAGCCCACACCGGCGUAAGAAGAGAUCGCUGGGCAGGUGUGAAUGCUCCCACGCCAAGGACAGCAUCUGUGCAACCUUCUGUCAUGGCAGGCCUUGGGAUCUCCGAAAUCCUCGGGUGCCCCCGAACACAGGCAUGCUGGUCAAACUCCUGCAGAGCAGCAGCACCAACCCCCACAAGCUGAACGUCUGAAAUUCCUCGGGGCUCUUUUUCUUUCAAAUUCUCUGCAUACUAGAAAGCAUCGCACCUCUCAAAUAGAUGUCAAGCUAGCAGAACUUCUGUAGAAGAAGAGCUUCUGGAAGAAAAAAACAGAUGACGGGCUUAAAAGGUUGCUCUUUAUCAUAACUGUGUGGAGUCCUGGGAUUGCCAGAAGCUCAUACUAUGCAAGAAGAGCGGAAGGCCAGACCCUCAAAGGCGAUGGAGGGGAAUCCCAGGAAAAAGCUGUCAAGAUGAUGGCACAGUUCCCUCGGUACUCCAGAGAUUACCCAAAAGGGAGACAUGACCUCCUCUCAGUUGUUAUGGUCCUUGGUGCCCUGGGAAGUUCCAUCCAGCUUCUGGGGUCAGAGAGAGGAUGU